CAAGGCACCAAAAAAAAAGAAGCAGAAGAAAUCAUUGACCGGGAGAAAAGGGAGCGAAAGAAAAGAGUGGAGGAAAAGCUUCGGAGCUCGGGAUCGGCGAUGGAGUCUGGAGCAAAGGCGACGAAGAAGACCGGCGCGGCCGGGCGCCGGGGCGGCGGCGGGCCGAAGAAGAAGUCCGUCUCCCGCUCCGUCAAGGCCGGCCUCCAGUUCCCCGUCGGCCGCAUCGGGCGCUACCUCAAGCUGGGACGCUACGCCAAGCGCAUCGGCAGCGGCGCCCCCGUCUACCUCGCCGCCGUCCUCGAGUACCUCGCCGCCGAGGUCCUCGAGCUGGCGGGGAACGCGGCCAAGGACAACAAGAAGAACCGGAUCACCCCGCGGCACGUGCUGCUCGCGGUCCGCAACGACCAGGAGCUCGGGAAGCUGCUCGCCGGCGUCACCAUCGCGCACGGAGGGGUGCUGCCCAACAUCAACCCCGUGCUGCUCCCCAAGAAGACCGCCGCGGCGGCUGCCAAGGAAGCCAAGCCGGCCAAGGAGAAGACCAAGUCGCCCAGGAAGGCCCCCGCCAAGAAGGCGGCCGACUCUUAGGCCCGGCGCUGCACAACGACGGUGCCCCGUCCCUCUCGUCUCCCCUUCCGUGUUUGUCUGUCUGUCUGAUCCACCUAAUCGUUGCUGUGGUUGUUGCAAGUCAUCGAGAUCGGUUGCUCCUUGUUUGAAUCUGAUUUCCGCCGCAUCCGUAUGCGCGGAUCAGUCUGUACACUUUUAGCUUAACACUGUUGUAUGUAUGUUUGGUGAAUGUAGGGCAAGGGAGGGAUUGGAAGAGGAAAAAAUGUGAAUCGCUAGAUUCUGUUUGUAAUAAUAUCGCGAAGAUCUGAAACAUUAUGUACUACUAUUUGGAAUGUUCAUUUGUGUUUUUGA